AUGCGAUCAAAUCAUUUUGUUGUUUUAUUGCCCCUACCAACUGGUAAAAGAAAAUUGGCAAAGCAUAGUUUAACCUUGGUGUCUAAUCUUCCGAAUAUUGUGGCUGAACAACCUUCUUCACAAAAAGCAGUGAAAAAAAAUCGUGUGGUUCGAAAAUCAAUAACAUCCUACUUCAGUCAAAACUUGCCAGAGACUGGUGAAUCUUCAAAAUCUCUUAUCGAACCAUCCAAAUCUACUGUUGAACAACCUACUGAAAAUAAAUCUGACGAAAAGGUUGUGGAAGUUGAUCAUAUCCUUGAAGCUGAUGUGAUUAAUAUGAUGAAUACUGAUGAUUCAGUAAAUGAUGGUGCUUUACAAUUUCCUGAAGUGAACAAUGAGAACAUUGAUUCAUUUGAUUUAGGAAAUUUGGUGAACAAUGUUGCAAAAAUGAAGGUCACUAAAAAAUUAGCUUUUUUAAAUUCUGUUUGGAUGCCUGAUAAAAACUUUCAUUACCCAACCUCAAAUCGACGUUUCAUUCAUUCUUGGUUGACUUCUUAUCCAUGGUUAUGUUACUCAAAAAUCCAUGAUGGGGCAUUUUGCAUAAAUUGUGUGAUGUUCCAUAAUAACUCACAAAAUGUUGGGAAAAUGGAAAAAUUGUGCAAGGAACCAUUAAGAGAUUGGAAAAAUGCGAAGGCUUUACUUGAAAAACACCACCAUAAAUCUCCACAUCAUAAAAAUUUUAAAGCUACAAUGGCAUCAACAGACACCAGAAUUGAUAGGCAGCUCAACAAUAUUGUGCAUGUACAAAUUACGAAAAAUCGUGUUGUAUUGAAGUCAUUGAUCAAGAUUCUCAUUACAAUGGCUCAACAAUGUAUUUCGUUAAGAGGUCGUGAUGAGACAGAUCCAACUGCACAAUUUCAAUCUAAAGAGAAUGUAAUGAGCAACUUGAAUCCUGGUAAUUUUCUGGCUUUUGUGAAACUAGCAGUAGAGUUGGAAUGCCCUGCUUUGAAGGAACACAUGAGUAACUGUGCCAAAAAUGCUACUUAUUUGUCAAAAACUAUUCAAAAUGAACUCCUAUCUCUUAUUGCAAAAAACAUUGUCACCCAGGUAGUUGCACAAAUAAAACGAUCUAAAUAUUUCUCUGUUCUUGGCGAUGAGGCAGUAGAUAUAAGCAACAAAGAACAGAUGCCAGUUGUGUUGCGAUAUAUUGACAGUAAAGAUGAAAUUAGAGAAACAUUUUUAGAGAUGGCAGAAUGUAAACUUGGUUGUUCUGGUAAAGGGCUGUCAAAUACUAUAAUUGAUGCUGUGGAGCAAAACAACUUGGGCAUGAAUGAUUGUAGGGGACAAGGCUAUGAUGGAGCAGGUGCAAUGGCUGGAAAAUGUUCAGGAGCAUCCACAUUGAUUAAGAGCAAAUUUCCCAAAGCCAUUUAUGUUCAUUGUGCAUCUCACAGGUUGAACCUAUGUGUUGCAGCUGGCUGUAAGCUCCCCAUGGUUGCUGAUAUGAUGUCACAGUUUCAAGCAGUGGAAGGACACUAA